GUCAGCCAUAGAUUUAGAGGAUCGCACGUUUAAUUUUGAGAUUUCUUUCUGCCCAUUUUCCUCCUUAAUUACAGCUUUGCAAACAAACCAUUCCAUCUCCAUACCGACAGCAAACAGAAGUAAUAACAGUUACAUUUGAAAGCUAGUUUAUCUACUACAAUCACUACUACAAGAAUUGUGACCUCUCCAACUUGACUCUUGUCAAGUAGUACAGCAAUUCCAGGACCUGAUCCAAUACGCUUGACUGAAAUAGCAAUGAGGCUUGUUGCCUGAACAGAUUCAUGGUGGUAGGGAGAUCCAAUAACAGAAAUGUCAAAUUGACAGUGAUUUUGGGGGUCGUUGGUGCGUUUCAAUCUUGAUAUGGACCACCAAUAAAUACUUUAAUGGUGCCUUUUUUUGGGUUCCCUCUUCUUUAUAAACCGGUGCUUAAAAAGAGAUUCCAAUUUCCCAUUUCCCAACAUAUGAAUUCAGUAUACUACUGGCUUAAAGAAAGAAGGAAAUGGAGGCCAGUGUUUGUUUCGACCAACCAAAAUAAGAAAAACGUUUCACUUUUCCUCCAAUUAUUGAAAUAAGACUCCUUUCCCAUCAUCUUCUUUGCACAAACAAAUCAAAUUCAUUCCUUUUCUCGAGCUCAUCCGUUUAAGGGACGAGGAAAACAAAUCAUGGCUGGGAACUCCAGAAAACCCCAUGCCAUAAUGAUCCCCUAUCCUUACCAAGGUCACAUAAAUCCCUUUGUUCAUCUUGCCAUUAAACUCGCAUCCAAAGGUUUCAUCAUCACUUUUGUUAACACCCAAUCAAUCCAUCACCAGAUCUCCAAAGCCCAGAAAAACAGGGGAAACGAAAACUACGACAUUUUCGCCAAAGCUCGUCAAUCUGGUCUGGACAUACGUUACGCCACCGUCCAUGACGGGUUCCCGCUGUCGUUUGACCGGUCCCUGAACCACGACCAGUUCGUGGAAGGUCUAAUUCACGUCUUCUCCGCUCACAUCGAUGAACUCGUCGGGAAUUUAUUGAAUUCAGAAUCGGAUUCCCCUCCAACCUGCUUGAUUGCCGAUACCUUCUAUAUUUGGGGAUCUACAAUUGCCACCAAAUAUAAACUCGUCCAUGUUUCUUUCUGGACCGAACCCGCUCUGGUUCUCACUCUGUAUUAUCACCUGGACAUCCUCAGGAAAAAUGGCCAUUUUGCAUCUCCCGAUAAUCGGAAGGAUAUGAUAGAUUAUAUACCGGGGGUGAGAGCUAUUGAGCCAAGUGAUCUAAUGUCAUACCUUCAAGCCGAUGAUAUAUGGACGGUGGUUCACCGGGUAAUUUACAAGGCUUUUGAAGACGUGAAAAGGGCGGACAUGAUUAUCUGCAACACCAUUCAAGAGCUGGAGCCCGAAACCAUCUCGGCCCUGCAUAAGAAACAACCGACAUACGCCAUUGGGCCCGUUUUCCCAGCUGGAUUCACCAAAAGCAGCGUAGCCACCAGUUUAUGGUCCGAGUCAGACUGCACUCACUGGCUCAACGACAAACCCGCCGGGUCGGUUCUCUAUGUCUCAUUCGGAAGUUACGCUCACACCAGUAAAAAAGACAUCGUUGAAAUCGCCCACGGGCUUUCCUUGAGCGGGUUGAGCUUCAUAUGGGUUGUUCGACCCGAUAUUGUCAGCUCCGACGAGACCGAUUUCUUGCCACCGGGAUUCGAAGAGCAGGUAAAAAACCGGGGUCUGAUCGUGCCGUGGUGCCGGCAGAUCGCCGUGAUUUCACACCCGGCGAUUGGGGGAUUUCUCAGUCACUGCGGGUGGAAUUCGACGCUGGAGAGUAUCUGGUGCAGCGUGCCGUUGAUCUGUUAUCCACUGGUCACCGACCAAUUCACGAACCGGAAGUUGGUGGUUAACGAUUGGAAGAUUGGGAUAAAUCUGUGCGAUAAGGAGUCGAUCACGAGGGAGGAGGUGGCGGAUAAGGUCAAGUGUUUGAUGAACGGUUACAUUAUGGAUGGAUUAAGAGCAUCAAUUAACGAAGUGAGGAAGAAACUGGAGAACGCAUUAUCGGCAGAAGGGUCGUCUGCGAGGAAUUUCGAUGAAUUUGUGGAGAAUAUUCAGGCCCAGUCUCGGAAGAAAGCCGGGAUCACUGCUAAUGGCCAUUCGAGCUUAGUGCAUUAGCAAAAUUACGCUUGAUAGUGAUAUUAGUCUUUUACUGUCCUGUAAUUUAUUAAAGUAGUAUUAUAUUAUAAUUCGGACUUUUACUUUGGGACGAAUGAAUUAUUUUUCCGUUGCUGAAAGCAUUUCACCAGUACACAGUAUACAGUCUUUAAGUGAUAUCAUUUGGUACUUGCCUGUGUUAGUUGUUUGCUAGUUAGCCGAUUUUGUGUAUAAUUUUUUAUAGGCAAUAAAUAAUUCUUGUAAUAUCAAGGUUGAAAUAGUUAUAUUUUGGCGAUUGAAAGUAGCAUUAGGCCUCAUUUUUUCAUCAGAAAUUAUAUUCCGGUGAUGAAAACUAGAAUGUGGUGUCCAAUCAAAAAUAUCAAUGAUGCUGUUUUGGAACAAGAAGGCCUUGGUGCAGAGUAAGGCCUUGGGUGCCCCAAUUCAAUUGAAACAAGUGAUGCUGUUUUGGAAACCACCACAGCAGGGUUGGCACAAGCUCAAUACGGAUGGGGCUGUUAAUGGGGUGACAGGGGUAGCAUCAGCGGGGUGCUAUCGGGGACUCGGCGCGGAGAUGGUGCGGUGGAUUUACUAUGAAUAUUGGUUACUGUACCAUAACGGAAGCUGAAUUAUGGGGCCUUUUCCAGGGGUUGAAUCUAGUGUCGGAAAAAGGUUUCGGAAGAUUGGAAGCUAAGGUGGAUAGCGCUGCCAUUGUGAAGAUGAUAAGUGACAAUAUUAGGUCUCUGUGCGUGCAUGAAGGUUUGUUGCGAGCUAUUCGGAAGCUGUUAAAUAGGCAUUGGAAUUACAACUCAACCAUUUCAACAAGGAACGCAAUUUUGUUGCAGACUAUUUGGUAUCACUAGCAGCAAAAAUCCGGAGAAAGUAACACGUUUGGAUUUGCCUCCUUCAGGAGUUUUUUGGUGGCUUAACUACAAUUUAAUAGAUGUAUUAUAUCUUCAUAUGAUUGUAAUUUAGGCUGCGAUUUAGCCUCCUUUUGUAUUAAAAAAAAAUGAUGAUGAUACUUCCUAAUGAAGAUAUUGAACUUAAAAUUUAUAAGCA